UAAUACAUCAAGCUAGCAGGACAGAGAGAGAGAGAGAGACAGAGAGAGAUCAGCAGGAAGAUAUGUUUGAAGCGUCAGCGUCAGCAAUAAUGGUGGCCACAUUAUUGAUCACCGUAACGGUAACAGUGAUUAGAUGGGGAUGGAAGAUGGUAAAGUGGGUGUGGCUGAACCCUAGGAGGCUGGAUAGAGAGCUCAGAAAGCAAGGCCUUAAAGCCAAUCCUUAUAGAUUAUGGAUCGGUGACUUGCAGGAAAUGGUUAAGAUGCAACAAGAAGUCACAUCCACACCCAUGGCUUCUCAUUCCCACGAUCUACCUCCCUAUGUCGCCUCUUUUGUCCACAACUUGGUCGACAAAUACGGUAAGAAUUCAUAUAUGUGGUUUGGAACGAGGCCGAGGGUGAUCCUGAUGGAUGCAGAGCAAGUAAAGGAGGUGCUUAACAGAAGCUAUGACUUCCCCAAGCCUGAAGCAAUUCCUAUUGCUAAGUAUAUAGCCACAGGUGUUGCAAACUAUGAGGAUCACAAGUGGGCUAAGCAUAGAAAGAUCAUCAAUCCUGCAUUCCAUUUGGAGCAGUUGAAGGCCCUGAUCCCAAGCUUUUCCCAAAGCUGCAAUGACAUGAUAAGGAAAUGGGAAAAAAUGUUGUGUUCUUCAUCAGAUGGAACAUGUGAAAUGGAUGUACGGCCCUGGUUAAAGAAUUUCACGGAGGAUGCUAUUUCUCGAACAGCAUUUGGAAGUAGCUAUGAAGAAGGUAGAAAAAUCUUCGAACUUCUCUCGGAGCAAGGUGAUCUGUUAAUGAAGAAUGUAAUCAUAUAUCACAGCCCAUUGUGGAGUGUGAUACACGCUAAGGACAAAAGGAGGAUGAAGGAAAUUGAUAGAAUGGUGAAAUCUUCUCUGAUGGGUAUCAUCGAGAAGAAGGAGAAAGCAAUAAAGGCAGGUGAAGACCCCAAGAGUGACCUUCUAGGCCUACUUUUAGAGUCCAAUCGCAAGAACGUUCUAGAACAAGGAAACAAGAACAGCGUUGGGUUGAGCAUGAAAGAUGUGAUUGAGGAAUGCAAGCUGUUCUAUUUCGCCGGCCAAGAAACCUCUUCGUCUAUGCUUGCUUGGACGAUGAUGCUCUUGGGUAGGUACCCUGACUGGCAAGUACGUGCAAGGGAAGAAGUCCUACGAGUCUUUGGCAACCAAAAUCCAGACCAUGAUGGGUUAAGUCGCCUUAAGAUUUUGACCAUGAUCUUGUACGAGGUUUUGAGGUUAUACCCUCCGGUAGGAUGGUUGACACGAUCUCCUAAAGAGGACAUGAAACUUGGGAAUUUGUUUGUACCAGCUGGAGUAGAACUUCUGCUGCCAAUACUUAUGCUUCACCAUGAGAAAGAAAUUUGGGGGGAUGAUGCUAGUGAGUUCAAACCAGAGAGAUUCUGUGAAGGAAUCUCAAAGGCAGGGAAAGGUGUUUCCGCAGCAUUUUUCCCAUUUGGAUGGGGUCCUCGAAUCUGCAUUGGACUAAACUUUGCUUUGUUAGAGGUCAAGAUGGUUCUGUCACUCAUUCUACAACGCUUCUGGUUUGAGCUUUCCCCAGCAUAUUCUCAUGCCCCUGUCUUCAAUAUUACUAUUCAGCCUCGACAUGGCGUUCAUAUCAUUCUACGUAAAUUAUAGGAAUUCAGAAUUUGCAUGGUGCUUAGAUUAUUAAGCUAGUUCGAGUUAUUUAUGAUGAUAAUAAAUUUGUUUCAUGUUAGUCUCCUUGGCGAGUGAUGCAAAACUAGAAAAGAAUGACAUGGAUAUGGAAUUUAUAUUUA